CAAAAGUCAUUUAUUUAUGUCCUUUUGUGUCAUUAGAUUCCUCUCAUCUUCUCAAUUAUUCAAUCUGUUCACAACAAAUAUUUCAGAAGAUACUAAUUCUUCUUCACUCCUAUCCACCUCUCUUCAACCUUUCCUUCAAUCCCAAUGGCAGAAGCUUUGCUAGGAAUUGUGCUUGAAAAUUUGGGAUCUUUUCUUCAAGACCAACUUGCAACUUAUUGGGGUGUUGAUCAACAUGCUCAUAAACUUUCCAGCAACCUCACCACAAUCCGUGCUGUCCUCAGAGAUGCUGAGAGAAAGCAAAUAACAAGUCAUGCUGUGAAGGAUUGGCUGCAGAAACUCACAGAUGCAGCAUACGUGCUUGAUGAUAUCUUGGAUGAGUGUUCAGUUCAAUCCAAAACACUGCACUCUGUUGAUGGUCAUACUUCACGCCUAUCCCAUCUCCAUCCUAAGGACAUUAUCUUUCGCUUUCGUAUUGGGAAGAGGAUGAAAGACAUCACUCAAAGGUUUCAUGACAUUCAUGAAGAAAGGCUCACAUUUGAAUUGCGUGUGGGCGUCACGGAGAAGCAAGCAGUGAAUGAUGAUGAUGAUGAUUGGCGUCAAACUAGCUCAGUGAUUACCGAACCAAUAUUCUGUGGCAGAGACAAGGAUCGAGAGAAAAUUGUAAAGUUUCUGUUGGAAGAUGCUAGUAACAGUGAAGAACUCAGCAUCUAUCCCAUAGUUGGUAUGGGUGGACUUGGCAAAACAACUCUUGCCAAGCGGGUCUUCAAUGAUCACGAGAUAAGUAAACAUUUUGACUUGAGAAUUUGGAUCUGCGUUUCGGAUGAUUUCAAUGUGAAGAGAAUACUGCAAUCCAUUAUAGAAUGUAGCAUUGGUCAAAAUCCCAACCUCGGUAAUUUAGAAGCAAGGCGAAAAAGGGUUGAAGAAGCAUUGCAAAGCAAGAGGUAUUUACUUUUUCUUGAUGAUGUGUGGAAUGAAGACCGAGAGAAGUGGAAGGAGUUGAAGGGGAUGUUGGAGUGGGCGAAGGGAGCAAAAGGAGCUACGAUUUUGGUCACCACUCGACUUCAGGAAGUUGCCUCCAUCAUGGGGACGCAUCCUGCUUACAGUUUGACAGCAUUGUCAGAAGACGACAGUUGGUCAUUGUUCAAACACCAUGCGUUUGGACUAAACAGAGAAAAAAGGGAAGAACUUGUGGCAAUUGGUAAAGAAAUAGUAAGGAAAUGCGUUGGUUCGCCACUUGCAAUCAAAACACUGGGAAGCUGUUUGCGUGAUGUAAGUGAAUUAAAGCAGUGGCAGAAUAUAAAGGAAAGUGAGAUUUGGAAUAUACGGGAGGUAAGUAGUUCUCUGAUAAGUGACGAAAAUUCUAUCAUGCGUGCCUUGAAAUUAAGCUAUUUUAAUUUGGAAUGGUCAUUGCGGAGAUGCUUUUCUUUCUGUGCAAUUUUCCCUAAAGAUUUUGAAAUUGAUAAAGAAGAACUCAUUCAUCUUUGGAUGGCAAAUGGAUUUAUUAAACAGGAAGGGAAUGUAGAGGUGGAGGAUGUUGGUAAUAAAGUGUGGAAAAGAUUAUACGAUAGAUCAUUCUUUCAAGAAGCAAAGGCCAAUAGGAUUGGUAUGAUUAAAACUUUCAAGAUUCACGAUCUCUUCCAUGAUCUUGCUCAGUCUAUUAUGGGCGAAGAAUGUGUGAUUUACGGGGAAAGAAAGUUGACUCGAUUGCCAAAUAGAGUUCACUAUUUACGAUUGUUAAAUUCUAAUUAUUUUGUCGAUAUGGAUGCCUUCAAGAAAGUUGAAUCAUUUCGAACUGUAAUUGAUUUUGGUCAAGGAUUGCAUUGUGUAAAUAUUGGUUUGUUGCCAUCAAAUCAUUGUCUCCGAGCAUUACACAUAAGAUCUUCUCUUUUCUCCCCACUGAAUAAUUUAUCACAUUUGAGAUAUUUGAGUUUGGACAUGUGUUCAGUAUUGCAUAAUUCUAUUUGUGGGUUGCAGAAAUUGCAAAUACUGAAACUCGAAUAUUGUGGAGGGUUGCAUAAUUUUUUUCCAGAAAACAUGACACAAUUACAGGAUCUUAGGCAUCUUGUGAUUAAUAAAUGUCCUUCAAUAGCAGAGAUGCCUCGGAAUAUUGGCAAGUUAAGGCAUCUAAGAACAUUGAACACGUUCGUCGUGGGUUCAAAACUGGAGUAUGGGUUGGCAGAGUUACAUGGCUUAAGUCUGGUUGGAAAACUGCAUAUCAGAGGCCUUGAGAAUGUGAGCAAUGAAUGGGAGGCUAAAGAAGCAAAUUUGAUGAGCAAGAAGGAGUUGAAUCGCCUAUACUUAUCAUGGGGUGGUAGAGCUAACUCACAAGGUAGUAAUGUUAGUGUGGAGAGAGUCCUGGAAGACCUGGAACCUCCCUCAACUCUGAAGAGUUUUGGGAUGCAAGGAUAUCAGGGAAGAAAGUUAUCGAGUUGGAUGAGAAGUGUUGUAGUUCUUAAAGACUUGGUGGAAGUUAUACUCGUGGACUGUAAGAACUGUGAGGAGCUUCCUCCACUUGGAAAACUACCACACUUGAAAAAGAUAGACGUGCGUGGAAUGAAAAAUGUGAAGUGGAUAGAUGGUGAGUCGUAUGAAGAAGGUGUGGAGGAGAAGGCAUUUCCAUCGUUGGAGAAACUGAGUGUAGAGAAUUUACCAAAUUUGGAGAGGUUGUUGAGGGAUGAAGGAGUAGAAAUGGUCCCUCGUCUUUCCCAAUUAAGAAUUGAUGGUGUCUUGAACUUUGAAGUCCCACAUCUUCCGUGUGUUGAGGAGCUUGAUGCUAGAGGAAUUAAGGCAGCGACUUCUUUCAUGGAAGGGGUUGCGGAGAAUAUGACAUGCCUGAAGAGCUUGCGAAUUGCAUUCAUGAAAGAUUUGAAGGUACUGCCCGACAAACUGAGCAGUCUGAGUGCACUACAGAAACUAGAGAUAUUGGGAUGUGAGGAGUUGAGGUCACUGCCAAAUAGCUUUCAACGCCUCACCAACUUGUCUAAAUUAAGUAUUUUCAAUUGUCCUUGGCUGAUGGAGAGAUACAGAAGGGAAACAGGAAAUGAUUUGCAACUCAUAGCUCACAUUCCAAAUAUAGAAUUGGAAUACAUCCUCGCAUUCGAAGAGACAGAGGCUUUACCAUUUAGUGUAGAAAGUUGGCCGCGAUCAUCUUGCUCAUGGAACUGCUUCAAGGCUACAAGACCGCCUGCCAAAAUAGAAAAAUUUUAUUUUGACUACAUGGAUGAGUAUGAAUGAGUCAUGUCCAAGUGGUGAAUACCUGGACUUGUGCUGUCAUGCCAAAAGCACUCCAUCUAUGGAUUAUAGUUCUGUAAGCAAGUUUGAAAAUAUGUAAGGUAGUGUGUUUACUUUAUAUCAACUCAUUCCAGUGCAGCAGAUCGUGAAUAGAUCAUAAACUGUUACUUGUGCUGAAAAGUUUUUGGUUUUGGGCGAGCGCGAAUUUGAUGUAUGAUUUGAGGAGUACCAAAGAUUUUACAGGCAAGGAUUUCAAAUUGGAUUGCAACUACGGAAACCAUGUGCAAUAUGGCAAAUAUUGUUGCUACUUCCACACACUGACUUGGUGCAGUUAGACAAAAACUGCAUUUUCUUGGCCAUUUGAACAACCUUGGUGGUGUGACAAAUUAAGGGUAUGUUUGGUUCAACAUUUAUUUAAUAAAGUUCAUUAUAUUAUAUUA